CACUGCACAGGAACAGUCUGUUAACUGGAGUGCACAUCUGUAGGAACAUCUGUUUAUUUACUCAUUUUUCAUACCAUGUGGCAGUUUGGCCUCAAGCAUCAGCAUCUCCUGUCGCACACGUGCUCGCCAAGGCUCCCGGGGAGGGGUCAUAUCCUGGAGCAGAAGAUGUACCUGAAAUCCUGCAGGUUUGGUUGUUCAGAGCUUUAUGAGGCUCAGAGGUCCCUGCUCUAACUGUACUGGAGGUGUGAACUGUUGUCUGAGCACAUGAAAAUAAGUUGCUCUGUGCUGAGAGCGUAAAAGCUCCACAGCCUCAGUUUGUCAGACUACAGGUAAAGCUGCACCUGUGCGGGUCUGCCCAUUUCUCACCUGCUUCUAAAAAAAGCUCCCACCACAUCACCUGAGACAGGUGUUGCUGUGUGAGACGGCCACACUGGAACAUCAGCAGUGUUUCGUGGCAUGACUUUUUGACUGUCAGUGAGGCGUUGAGCUCAUUCUUAGCAUCUUUACUGUUUCCUUUCUUCCAGCUCCUGCUCUCUGUUCUUAGUAACCAAAGAGUAAUCAGGUGUUUACGGGGGAAAUACAGAGAAAGGUUUUUGGGGACUGACUCGCUGUUUUCUUUAACAAUCACAUACUGUCUCGAUACUCCAGCAGCAGGAUUAAAGUCGCUCAUGUUUAUUUAGCAGUUUCUAUUUAUAAACACGUCAAUGCUUCCUGACAGGAGCUGAUUCCACCAAUCGGCACGUGUUGUUAAGAAUUUAAACGUAAACAACAACCAGGCCGCUGUAUGCAUGUCAGUGUGCCCCCUGUUGGCCAAAGCUGUACUCUGUCUUCUCACCCCUGUGCUCCUCCAGCUUCUCCUCCAUCAUGAGCCUCUUCUCCAGUUCGAUGGCGGGUCUGGGGUCGGAGGUGUGUGGCGACACCGCCUCCCUGGUCUCUUUGGAGUCGAGCGUUUUCUUCAGCGAGCCGAUGGCGUCCUGCGUCAGAGACCCGCUCAACUUCUUUAUUGUCAACGUGGGCGGGAGUCGCUACGUGCUGUCGCAGGAUCUGCUGGCAUCCUAUCCGGAGACCCGUCUGGGGAAACUGGUCUGCUGCAGCCGAGAUUCGGCGCUGGAGCUCUGCGACGAUGCCGACUUCCUGGAGAACGAGUUCUUCUUUGACAGGAACUCCCAGGCCUUCCAGUACGUGAUGAACUACUACCGGACGGGUCACCUGCACGUCAUGGAGGAGCUGUGUGAGAUCUCCUUCCUGCAGGAGAUCGAGUACUGGGGCAUCGACGAGCUCCGCAUCAACCCCUGCUGCCGUGAGCGCUACUACCGCCGCAAGGAGCAGAAGGAGAGCCUCGAGGUACAGCGGGAGCUCGAUGCCGACGACGGGGACGAGGACUUUGCGGGCACCGCCUGCCCGGCCGCUCGCCGCCGCCUCUGGGAUGUCCUAGAGAAACCAGAGUCAUCGCGUGCUGCUCGGACCUUCGGCUCGCUCUCGAUGUUCUUCGUGGUGUUGUCGGUCAUCAACAUGGUGCUCAUCUCGCUGGACUUGGGUGAGGACUUUGGAGCGGGUGGCCUCGGCAUCGGCGCUCCGCUGCUCUUCGACGCCCUGGAAUACGUGUGUGUCGUGUGGUUCACGAUCGAGCUGGCGCUUCGGUUCCUCUGCGUCAGGGACAAGUGCCGAUUCAGUCGGAGCAUUCCCAACGUCAUCGAUCUGCUUGCCAUCCUCCCGUUCUACGUAACUCUGGUGGUGGAGAACCUCCACGGAGGAUCCACCGAGCUGGAGAACAUGGGCCGUGUGGUGCAGGUGCUGCGCCUCCUGAGGUCACUCCGCAUGCUGAAGCUGGGCCGGCACUCGACAGGAUUGAAGUCUCUCGGUAUGACCAUCGCGCAGUGCUACGAGGAGGUCGGCCUUCUGCUCCUCUUCCUCGGUGUGGGCAUCUCCAUUUUUGCGACUGUGGUCUUCGCCCUGGAGCACGACCUUCCUGCCACCACCUUCACCAGCGUUCCCACCGCCUGGUGGUGGGCGACCACGUCUAUGACCACGGUGGGCUGGGACGUGCGGCCUGACACGGCGGUGGGAAAGGUGCUCGCCUUUCUCUGCAUCCUGUCUGGGAUCCUAAUCUUGGCGCUUCCCAUCGCCAUCAUCAACGACCGCUUCUCCGCCUGCUACUUCACCCUGAAGAUGAAGGAGGCAGCGAUACGACACGGUGAGAUGCUGAAGCGACUGGCCCGCGGCUCGGUGGGGGAGGCAGGGCCGGGCGUGAACCUGAGGGAUGCCUAUGCCCGGAGCGUGCUGGAGAUGAUGAGGCUGCACGGACGGGAAAGGGCGAGCACAAGAAGCAGCGGGGGCGACAACCUGUGGUGGUAACAAGAACAGCCCCGCCCCUGUGACCUCUGACCCCUCUGUGAAACACACACACGAUGACCCCAGCAGCAGCAGAGCCCCUGAUUGGACGAGAGGACGACAGCAGGAAGGUAGACCCAGAGAGACGAGUGUGAACAUGCUCAGACCGUCCCGCUGUACGUUCUGUGGGUCACGUAUGUGUCCAGCAGCCCAGAGAGCAGCGUGUCCUGUUUAACUCAUGACUUUAUUUACAAAACACAUUUUCUCUCUGAACAUUAGGCCCACCCCCAAAGUAAAACAGUAUCUGAUUAUGAGCCUCAGCUUCUACUGAGCAUGUGCAGACCUGCCGGUGUUUGUUCAACACUUCAGCGAGCACCCCUGAGAGGAGGUGAAAUCAUCAGAGCAGGAGGUGCAGAUGGUCUUCCUCGUGGGCGGUCGGUGUAACUCUGCAAAUCUGAAUAUUAAUAAUCCCCCAGCUGAGCACACUCAGGCUGGUUCUGAUUGGCUAUUGGGUUUGUCUUACACGCCUCAGACGUCUAGCAUUAAAUCUGUGCUUUGAUCUUAAGCUAUAUUCACACGUUUCCCUCAGAGGCAAUGAAACUCGUCUUCAAUCAUCAUCGUCACGAUCAAUAAAGCUUUAUUCAAA